CGCCACCCGGCGUUGACAUCCAGUGGGUUUGCUAACAGGAAACCAGUAGACGGUAGGGGGUAGGGGGGCACAGUCAUGGAAUGUCAAUGGACUUUAGAGUAGUUGAUAUAAAGUUAGUACAAGUUAUCCAGUUUGUUUCGUCAGAGCAGCUGCGUGGAUCAACUCAAAUAGCAACAAAGUAAGCUGAGACACAAGCGAGGCACAGCCACAAGCAGUAGGAUGCACUUUGUGAACUAAGUUGUUAAAAAAAACACGAUCACCUAUUUUAUUCCAAACUGACCCACCAACCAUAGUUAGCGUUAUCAACAUGAAGCAUUUUCUUUUAGUGUUAUCCAUCUCAUUCUCCGUGGUCGCUGGAAUUGUCCAAUCAGGUAAGCUGGUUAGAUUUUUUUUUGUUGGUAUCAACGUUUUUUAAAAAAAACUUUAUAAGGAUAUGCACUUUACAUAUAAAUGCAGUAAUUUCAUAGAGUUACAGCUAGAUCAACUAACCACAUAGACAUGUCACUAUUAUUGAGCAACUGACCACAUAGACAUGUCACUAUUAUUGAGCAACUGACCAUAUAGACAUGUCACUAUUAUUGAGAGGCGCAUUUUAUACAAAAGAAGUGGUCUGAAACUUUGUUUUUAAAAUUAUAAAACUGAAAAAAAAAAAAAAUAUCUUCAGUACUUCAGACAGCUGUGGUUUUUUAACAAGUCAUUAAAGAUAACUAUAUCAAAAAGCAUCUAUUACUUGAAAUAGCCAUGUGCGAAUCAGGAGCUGCGGGUCCCUGACCACUGUACACGAGACUUGCACUAACAUUAAACUGAUGUCGUGAUAUUAAAAUGAUGUACUUACAUUUUAAAAAAUGCACUUAAAUUAAAAUGAUGCACACACAUUAAAAGGAUGCACGGACAUUAAAAUGAUGCACGGACAUUAAAAUGAUGCACUGAUAUUAAAAUGAUGCACUGACAUUAAAAUGAUGCACUGACAUUAAAAUGAUGCACGGACAUUAAAAUGAUGCACGGACAUUAAAAUGAUGCACUGACAUUAAAAUGAUGCACUUACAUUAAAAUGAUGCACUGACAUUAAAAUGAUGCACUGACAUUAAAAUGAUGCACUGACAUUAAAAUGAUGCACGGACAUUAAAAUGAUGCACUGAUAUUAAAAUGAUGCACUGACAUUAAAAUGAUGCACUGACAUUAAAAUGAUGCACGGACAUUAAAAUGAUGCACUGACAUUAAAAUGAUGCACUGACAUUAAAAUGAUGCACAUUCUGACCACUUUAUUAAACGUUACCUUACAAACUGUUACAUUUAAGGGUGUCGCCAUUUUACAAAAGGGCCGUGAGUGUCAAUAACAAUGAUAACAAUACUAACAGUUAUCAGUAAAUAACCAAAUGUUACAAGCUCAUAAACAGCACUGCUUCUGCUGUUGAUCAAGAGAUGUACACUUUUCAUUAGAGACAUUUGCUAAACUUAAAGGUGACGGGUGCCAACCUUGACGUUAAAGGUCAGCUAAUGUGGAAUGAGGAAAUCUUUGAUGAGCUAUGAAUAAAACACUAUGUCCUUGAACUGAGAGGUCAUUCCUGCCUAUCAAUGUACUCCCUGCCUAUCAUUGUACUCCCUGCCUAUCAAUGAACUGCCUGCCUUUCAAUGUACUCCCUGUUUAUCAAUGUACUCCCUGCCUAUCAAUGAACUGCCUGCCUAUCAGUGUACUGCCUGUCUAGCAGUGUACUUCCUGUCUAACAAUGUACACCCUGCCUAUUAAUGUACUGCCUGUCUAUCAGUGUACUUCCUGUCUAUCAAUGUGCACCCUGCCUAUUAAUGUACUGCUUGUCUAUCAGUGUACUUCAUGUCUAUCAAAGUACUCCCUGCCUAAUAAUGUACUGCCUGUCUAUCAAGUUACUUCCUGCCUAUCAAUGUACUGCCUUCCUAUCAGUGUACUUCCUGCCUAUGAAUGUACACGUUUUGCUUUAUGGUCCUCACGUUUAGGUCAAAAGGGAGAAAAGACAACAAAUUAAAUGUCCACGGAGAGAGUCUACAAAGUUGUCUCUCUUCAUGCUCUGCUAGAUUCUUUUACACAAAAGAUUGGUUUCUCGGCGAUUUUGUUUCCCUGUGGCACAGCUAACUCUCAUAUAAAUAAUAAAUAUACCGUAAAGAUAUUUGGAUCAAUAAAUCAAUUUUUUUCUUUUAAAAUUGCAACGCUUUGACUUAAAACACAAAUUGUUUGACAACUAGAGACCGACCAAAUUUCGGUUUCGGCGCCGAAAGUGGCCAUUUGAUCACAUUGUCAGUAUGUGGCAAUAACACUAACUAACUCACUACUUGGACCUCUUACUUUAGCUCUUAGAUCUACACCAUAAAAUAUUGAUUUGAUUGGAGCGUUGUGUUCCUUAUUUCUCUGACAGAUUACAUCAACUGUACGAUAGAUAAAAGUUAAACGAUGAAAAGUCAAACAGACAUUAAUACAACAAAUAGGUUAAAGCGAAAGUAUUUCUUGAGGUAUAAAGUGUGCCCACAUUUUAGAUGAUUUUACUUCAGGUUAUGCCCUACCCGCUCCCGAUGACGUGUGCAUCAACACCCUGACACCGCCUACUAACGCCCGAGGUGUGAACAGGGUGAGCAGGAACUCAGACGCCCCAUUGUAUCGGCUCCACUUCAAUGAAAACAUUGCCAGCGAUGGGGGGCGCCACGUCGGACCAGAGGCAUACCACGGUGAGUUGAGGUUACCAGAGACAUACCACGGUGAGUUGAGGUGACCAGAGACUUACCACGGUGAGUUGAGGUUACUAGAGACAUACCACUGUGAGUUGAGGUUACCAGAGUCAUACCACGGUGAGUUGAGGUGACCAGAGACAUACCACGGUGAGUUGAGGUUACCAGAGACAUACCACGGUGAGUUGAGGUGACCAGAGACAUACCACGGUGAGUUGAGGUGACCAGAGACAUACCCCCCCCCCGCGAGUUGAGGUUACCUGAGACAUACCACGGUGAGUUGAGGUUACCAGAGACAUACCACGGUGAGUUGAGGUUACCAGAGACAUACCACGGUGAGUUGAGGUGACCAGAGACAUACCCCCGUGAGUUGAGGUUACAUGAGACGUAAUGUGCAGCUAAGCACACUUCUAUUGCUGCCCACAGAUACUACUUACCAGCUAAGUGCUAUUUCUUAUUUUUAUUUACAUACCGUUUGUUCUGUUGUUUUGUUCGCUGACGAAGUCUUUCUGCCGACACGUUCGCUGUUUUGUUGCGUUUAUUUUUUCAGGUUUAACCCUACUUUGUUUUACUCAUUUUAUUUUACACAUAUUUUAACAGUGAUAACCUAGUAGGUGAGUUGAAUCUAGAGAGAAGAAUUCGAGGCUUGUUGGUUUUAUUCUAGAAUUAAAGCAUUAUAAUUAAAGGAAAUUUCAACGGAUUUUAGAAUGAAACCGACAUCGCCAAGGUAGUCGUUCCUAGAAACAUUGAUUUGCUAUAGCCACGAUAAAAUAAAUUAACGAACAGAGAGACGAUAGAUGACUUAAGAAAUGUUUUUAGUUUAUAUAAUAACCACACCGAAACUUUACAAUCACAUGUGAGUCUAUCAUUAAGAUUGUAACUUUAAACACGCCACACUGCGUUAAUCAUUGUGUCUAUAUUUUAAAAAGAACAUGGACCAUCUCCAAAAAUGACCCCAAAAAAAAACCUAAAAAACUAAUCAACAGCGAAUGUAAAGAAGAUUGACCAAGUGAUGGCUUUUAUCAAUGGUAACUAACAUUGUCCCUCAUCUAACACCAUGGCGUCCCACAUUGCAGUUCAUGUCUCCAUUGCAAAUGAGCUGCUGGCCUUUGACAGCGCCAAAGUCCAGGUGUCGGCACAGGGCUCGUGUGGGACGGGCUCACUCAAAUUCGACCAGCUGGAUUUCAUCGAGGUCAGGCAAAAAGAGGACAGGUGUCCGAGACUCCUCCACACCGCCAAGAAGAGGCCCAUGACAGAGUUGCCGUCCUUACUGUGGACCCCGCCAUCUUGUGGGUGUGUCGUGUUUAAGUAAGCUUCAUUGUUUUCAAACUUCUCUAUAACAAGAGCCUCCUUCUAAUAAACUAACCAGUUGUUCGAAAUGUACAUUUGAAAAAUAAAAAUUAUAUUAGCUCUUCGUCACUUUAUACUGUUCAACUUGCCCCCUUCUAAGGCUAAUUCAGAUUCGAUCUACAACUUACUCCAUUUUACGCAUUAACUGAUAGUUUCCAUCAAAACAAAAAUAUACCAUGCUGCACACGGCAAAAAAUCCUCAUGUCUGGCCAGCUGACACAAGACAACUAGGCGAAACAUGUGUCAGAACAAUGGCAUAUUAUUUGUGUCAGAAUAGUGACAGAUAAUUUGUGCCAGAACAAUGACAUACUAUUUGUGUCAGAACAAUCACAUAUUGUUUGUGUCGGAACAAUGACGUGUUAUUUGUUUCAGAUCAAUGACAUAUUAUUUAAAAGGAGAAAAUCGAAUAUUCGAUAGUUUACUUAUGACUUAACCUUUUAACUAACUUUCUUGUCUACCCCUACCAGGGUUUUGGUUGUGGAGGAGGCCAACAUUUACUUUGCUGACAACGAAGAAACCAGAAACGGACCAUUGACAUGGACUGUGUGUGUGGAGAAAAGGGUGCGUUGAUGCCUGCCAGAGCAGCUCAGCAUAACUGUCACAACAGGAAUUAAACUUAAGUACCUGCCAGAGCAGCUCAGCAUAGCUGUUACAACAGGAAUUAAACUUAAGUACCUGCCAGAGCAGCUCAGCAUAACUGUUACAACAGGAAUUAAACUUAAGUACCUGCCAAAGCCGCUCAGCAUAACUGUUACAACAGGAAUUAAACUUAAGUAUCUGCAAGAGCAGCUCAGCAUAACUGUCACAACAGGAAUUAAACUUAAGUACCUGCCAGAGCAGCUCAGCAUAACUGUCACAACAGGAAUUAAACUUAAGUACCUGCCAGAGCAGCUCAGCAUAACUGUUACAACAGGAAUUAAACUUAAUCUCAAAACUACGAUGGAUGAUAACUUUUCCUUUCAUUAUUAUUUAAAGUCCUCCCUAGCAAAAUUUUAUCGGACUUGAUGAAAGGUCUCGUCAAGGUUUAAAUCUUUCACAAAAUUGUAUUGUUGGUUCCUGACAAGCUAUAACAGGGUACACAGUUUUGAGCUAUAGUAGAUUUUAAUAUGUCAAAUAGUGUGACAAGCUCAUAUCAUUUCUUUCACCUUUACUGCAGAAAUAGCUGGUAUUGUUCAUAUUUAAUUGAAAAAAACAAGUAUACGUAAUUGUAAUACUUUAAUAUUUUAAUGAUUCAUUAGAAAGUUCAUUAAUUAAAUCAUCAGAAAAGGUUCAAUUCAUUUACAAAAAUGGUUGCCACUUUCUUUCAUUCAGAAUUUUUUUUUUAACGCAUCGUGACUCAAUAUUGAUUGUCCUUCAAUCGUCGCCUUGUUGACGAUGCACGAUCUAGUGUAAGGCGGGCCAUUAAGUGCUCACCCACAGAACAGAAACUGUACAUAAACUUUUUAAUUGAUGUUAGUUAAAGGAUUUAAACAAAAAAGGUUGACUAUAGCACGCCUUUCAGAAUAAAUGAAACUUCCGUGUUUGGUGUCGUGCAGGUCACACGAGAGCAUUUUCUGGAAGCUUUGUGUAUGGCCCCGGACCGGCACAGAUCUUCCCAGAUACUCUCCAACCAAGCUUUUCUGACACGCCACAGGCUGGACUCGCAGACAUUGAACAGGUACAGCGUGGAGAUGGCGCUGGAGUUGAGGAGAUCAGACAAUAAAGUCUGCUGUAACAAGGUAAUACUACUAGACAAUAUAAAGUUCAAGGUCAGUUUGUAAUCAGCUUUCAAACAUGCUGACAUAAUGGUUUAAUCUUUAAUUUUCCAGGAGCAAGAGGCCAUUUGUAAAGUCGGUUGUGUUGGGAAAAGCCAUUUUUAAACUUGAUUGCGUCCAAUGUUUUAGUUAGGAUGAGCCAUUUGUAAAGUUGAUUGCAACCUAUGCUUUAGUUAGGAUGAGCCAUUUGUAAAGUUGAUUGCAACCUAUGCUUUAGUUAGGAUGAGCCAUUUGUAAAGUUGAUUGCAACCUAUGCUUUAGUUAGGAUGAGCCAUUUGUAAAGUUGAUUGCAACCUAUGCUUUAGUUAGGAUGAGCCAUUUGUAAAGUUGAUUGCAACCUAUGCUUUAGUUAGGAUGAGCCAUUUGUAAAGUUGAUUGCAACCUAUGCUUUAGUUAGGAUGAGCCAUUUGUAAAGUUGAUUGCAACCUAUGCUUUAGUUAGGAUGAGCCAUUUGUAAAGUUGAUUGCAACCUAUGCUUUAGUUAGGAUGAGCCAUUUGUAAAGUUGAUUGCAACCUAUGCUUUAGUUAGGAUGAGCCAUUUGUAAAGUUGAUUGCAACCUAUGCUUUAGUUAGGAUGAGCCAUUUGUAAAGUUGAUUGCAACCUAUGCUUUAGUUAGGAUGAGCCAUUUGUAAAGUUGAUUGUGUCCAAUGUUUUAGUUAGGAUGAGCCAUUUGUAAAGUUGAUUGCAACCUAUGCUUUAGUUAGGAUGAGCCAUUUGUAAAGUUGAUUGCAACCUAUGCUUUAGUUAGGAUGAGCCAUUUGUAAAGUUGAUUGCGUCCAAUGUUUUAGUUAGGAUGAGCCAUUUGUAAAGUUGAUUGUGUCCAAUGUUUUAGUUAGGAUGAGCCAUUUGUAAAGUUGAUUGUGUCCAAUGUUUUAGUUAGGAUGAGCCAUUUGUAAAGUUGAUUGUGUCCAAUGUUUUAGUUAGGAUGAGCCAUUUGUAAAGUUGAUUGUGUCCAAUGUUUUAGUUAGGAUGAGCCAUUUGUAAAGUUGAUUGUGUCCAAUGUUUUAGUUAGGAUGAGCCAUUUGUAAAGUUGAUUGCGUCCAAUGUUUUAGUUAGGAUAACCCAUUUGUAAAGUUGAUUGUGUCCAAUGUUUUAGUUAGGAUGAGCCAUUUGUAAAGUUGAUUGUGUCCAAUGUUUUAGUUAGGAUGAGCCAUUUGUAAAGUUGAUUGUGUCCAAUGUUUUAGUUAGGAUGAGCCAUUUGUAAAGUUGAUUGCAACCUAUGCUUUAGUUAGGAUAACCCAUUUGUAAAGUUGAUUGUGUCCAAUGUUUUAGUUAGGAUGAGCCAUUUGUAAAGUUGAUUGCGUCCUAUGCCUUAGUUAGGAUGAGCAAUUUGUAAAGUUGAUUACGUCCUAUGCCUUAGAUAGUGGUUUGAAAUUAUUAACUUAUUACUUUAAAAAUUUCCAAUUUAUGUUCCUUUUACAAUCCUCCAGUAGCCACUUCCCAACGUGUUACCUUUUCACGGAUUAUCUCCCUAUCUCCCAUGCCGCCGUAGACCAUCAGGUUAAGAAAACCUUUCAACACACUCCUUCCUUAAAAAUACCUAAUCUAAGGCCUCAAGUGGUCCACGCAGUAUGGUCUGUUUCAUUUUUUUUUCAAAGCUUAAUGAUAUUCUUACCCUAUGGCUCUGUGAUCGAAUGCUCAUUAGUAUCAUUGACCAUGAUACAAUCUUUACUCCCAUUAGCAAAGAUACGUUGUGUUUAAAAGGAUGCGGCAACUGUAACACAGUGUAACACAGUAUAAUACCAAAAGGUCACUUAUAGUGUAGUGGUGAUGUGAUUGUAACACAGUGUAAAACAAAUAGUGAACUCAUAGUGUAGUCCUACUACUAAAAGAGCUACAUAAAAUAAAUUGUAUCCAAUAAUUUGAAUUGAAGUUGCUAGGAUUGGUCCUGUCCGUGAUGAGCCAAUCGGUUUACCAGUCCCACUACAAAAAAAACAAAAAAAACAAAGAAAACAAACAACUACGUUUUACCGAAAAUACCACCCGAAAGGGGACCCCGCCCCUCCACAUCUCUUUCUUACCCGACCAGUUACCCGUGUUAAGUACUCGACCAUUUGCUAGCUCAGGUGGACAGUUUGAUAGCUGAUUUGAACUGUUUGACAGCUGAUUCGAACAGUUUGAUAGCUGAUGUGCUCUUAAAACUGUGAAGAGGUGCUCUUGCGACACUAAGACGGUACAGGCAAUCUUGGAACUCGUGCGAGACAUACGAUCUAACGGAGGGAACGUGACCCUUCAAUGGAUCCCAGGACACGCGGAGAUCCCCCCACAAGUCAGAGCUGACUGGCUUGCAAAACAAGGUUCUUCCCAACCCCAAUCUGACAGGCCAAUGACCCAAUUGGGGGUCAAAGCCUGGUUAAAGGACCUCUUUCAGGAGGAAUGGAUGAAAGAAUGGGAACAGGGUACCACCGCACGAAAGCUUUACCGGAACAUGCCUAAAACUAACCGAAAGGGCGAUCAAUGGUGGAGCCUUAAGCGAUACCAGCAGAGCCUCAUAACACAAAUGAGGACAGAGCACUGCCCCACGAGGAGCUAUUUAAAAAGGUUGAACCCACUACGGGACCCGAGCUGCCGCCAUUGUGGACAGGCACCGGAAACAGUAGAGCACCUUCUAGCCGGGUGCCCGACAUUAGCGACUGGCGUGACUGGGGUUCUUCCAGCCAACAACGCCGAGAGCCUGUUAUACGGGUCUGCCCAGCAGAUGAGGCAGGCCUGUUCCAUACUUUCCGGGGCCAUUAAAGAGCAAUAGCUCGGUCCCAUACAGUGAAUGAAAUAAAUAUUUCAGGUAGCUGAUUCGCUGGAGGUCGAAUACCAAAUGCCUUUAGGUCGGGGCUCUGCACCAGCGAAGAGACUCGGAGGUGUCACAUGGGGUUUUGCCUCUUGGUGGCGUGCCAGACUAGUAAAGAGGUCUUCUCCCCCCGAAGCUAAAAACCCCCGGCCACUGCAUGACUCACAAUGCAACGGGAGGAACGCAGUAACAUGAUUACUUGCUGCCGUUAAUGUAUAUGAGGCCUGGGUGGCUUCCAAACCCUUGCCGAUGAUUUUAGCUACGCGACCCUGAGAAAGCCGCUGUUAGGCAACCGCUUCGUCCCCGCUUACGUCCCGACUGCACAACUCCCUGGACGGUGGGGGAGGUAACGCAAAAACAUUCACCCGGAGAGGAAGCAAAACCGUUCAGACCUAAGGAGAGUUGAUCGCGGACGCUUUAAAACCAGCGUCUUCAGUCGACCGGACGUCCUCCAGGCCAGGGGGGAUGUUCCUGGCGUGCGGGUAGACCCAGCGCCGGCCCGUGUGGGGUGUGCCCGGGGGGGGUAUUAUGAGCUCGCGCUCGAUGACCCACCGACACCAUCUCCGAAGUGACGUUUACAGAUAGCUGAUUCGAACUGUUUGAUAGUUGAGUCAAACCAUUUGAUAGAUUAAUCGGACUGUUUGCUAGCUCAGUAGGACCGUUUGAUAGCUGAGUCGAAUAAUUUAUAGCUGAGUCGACCCGUUUGAUAGCUGUGUCGCGGCCCUGAGAAAUCCGCUCCUAGGCGAUCGUUUCGUCCCGCUUACGUCCCGACCUGACAACAACCUGGACGGUGGGGGGAGUAACGCAACAACAUUCCCCCGGAGAGGAAACAAAGCCGUUCAGAACCAAGGAGAGUGGACCGCGAAAGCAACACCUCGGCCAGCCAGGUGUUCAUUCUCUGGUGCCGCCUCAUUCGCAUAGUCAAUUGAGUGGAGGGGUGGAUGAGACUGUCUCUGUGCGGAAAACUAAACACUUCGCGACCAGACUGCAAUAAAGACUACUGUGGGAGUAGUUGAUGGCAAGUUGAAUUUAUCGGAUGGUGCGUUUGGGAAGACUUCAUGAUCUUCGGCUCGAUAGUUUACUGUUUUUCUAAUGUAGAUUAGAUAGAUCAGCCGGACUAUGUGGUGGUAGAUAAGCUGGACUGUGUGGUGGUAGAUCAGCCGGACUGUGUGGUGGUAGAUCAGCCGGACUGUGUUGUGAUAGAUCAGCCGGAAUGUGUUGUGAUAGAUAAGCCGGAUUGUGUGGUGAUAGAUCAGCCGGACUGUGUGGUGGUAGAUCAGCCGGACUGUGUGGUGGUAGAUCAGCCGGACUGUGUGGUGAUAGAUCAGCCGGACUGUGUGGUGGUAGAUCAGCCGGACUGUGUGGUGAUAGAUCAGCCGGACUGUGUGGUGGUAGAUCAGCCGGACUGUGUGGUGAUAGAUUAGCCGGACUGUGUGGUGAUAGCUGAGUCGGAAUGUGUGACAGCUGAAUCGACUCGUUUGAAAGCUGAGCGGACCCCAUUCAAAAUUUGAAAGACGGGAAAAUAUCAGAUAGCAUGACUAUUUUCAGACUUCCUGCUCAUUACAAGCAUACUUUCUGCUCAUUACAGGGAUAUUUCCUGCUCAUUACAGGCAUACUUCCUGCUCAUUACAUUUGAAACAACAAAAUCUCUUAUAACAGUCCAAUGCACUGCUGUUUUGUUAUCCUUUAGCCCAAACACAAGGACAAGAUGACUUGUUUCGAUAAUGUCAGACGUCACCGUAUUGAUAGAUUCUGUGGGGACGGCAUCCCAGACCUCAACUUUGUGACAUUUAGGUCCAGCUUCAUGCGUGAACGGGAACAGCAGUGUUGCUUUAUCUUAGGUGAGUAGCGGGAACAUCAGAGUUUGUUAAUCUAAGGUGAGUAGGGGGAACAGCAGUGUUUGUUAAUCUUAGGUUAGUGGCUACUGUCAGCAUUCUUCAUCGCACAUAUUAAUUUAUUUACAAAAUAUGUGCAGAACGGUCCAAUGGAAACCUUUGGACAUGGAUGGCUACUCUUUGAUUUAAGGGGGGGGGGGGAAAGUAUGUAUAUCUAAUCUGAGUUAAUUUUGUUUUGAGCUCCCGAAUUAAACACCAAUCCCAUGGUCAUGACUGACAAGAUCCACACAGAAUUAAACACCAAUCACAUGGCCAUGACUGACUUGAUCCACACAGAAUUAAACACCAAUCUCAUGGCCAUGACUGACUUCAUCCACACAGAAUUAAACACCAAUCCCAAGGCCAUGACUGACUUGAUCCACACAGAAUUAAACACCAAUCCCAUGGCCAUGACUGACUUGAUCCACACAGAAUUAAACACUAAUCCCAUGGUCCAUGACUGACAUGAUCCACACAGAAUUAAACACCAAUCCCAUGGCCAUGACUGACUUGAUCCACAAAGAAUUAAACACUAAUCCCAUGGUCCAUGACUGACAUGAUCCACACAGAAUUAAACACCAAUCCCAUGUCCAUGACUGACUUGAUCCACACAGAAUUAAACACCAAUCCCAUGUCAAUGACUGACUUGAUCCACACAGAAUUAAACACCAAUCCCAUGUCCAUGACUGACAUGAUCCACACAGAAUUAAACACCAAUCCCAUGUCCAUGACUGACAUGAUCCACACAGAAUUAAACACUAAUCCCAUGGUCCAUGACUGACAAGAUCCACACAGAAUUAAACACCAAUCCCAUGUCCAUGACUGACAUGAUCCACACAGAAUUAAACACCAAUCCCAUGUCCAUGACUGACUUGAUCCACACAGAAUUAAACACCAAUCCCAUGUCCAUGACUGACAUGCUCCACACAGAAUUAAACACCAAUCCCAUGUCCAUGACUGACAUGAUCCACACAGAAUUAAACACCAAUCCCAUGUCCAUGACUGACUUGAUCCACACAGAAUUAAACACCAAUCCCAUGGCCAUGACUGACUUGAUCCACACAGAAUUAAACACUAAUCCCAUGGUCCAUGACUGACAUGAUCCACACAGAAUUAAACACCAAUCCCAUGGCCAUGACUGACAUAAUCCACACAGAAUUAAACACCAAUCCCAUGGCCAUGACUGACAUAAUACACACAGAAUUAAACACUAAUCCCAUGGCCAUGACUGACAUAAUCCACACAGAAUUAAAAACCAAUCCCAUGACCAUGAUUAACAUAAUCCACAUAGAAUUAAACACCAAUCCCAUGUCCAUGAUUGACAUAAUCCACAUAGAAUCAAACACCAAUCCCAUGGCCAUGACUGACUUGAUCCACACAGAAUUAAACACCAAUCCCAAGGCCAUGACUGACUUGAUCCACACAGAAUUAAACACCAAUCCCAUGGCCAUGACUGACUUGAUCCACACAGAAUUAAACACUAAUCCCAUGGUCCAUGACUGACAUGAUCCACACAGAAUUAAACACCAAUCCCAUGGCCAUGACUGACUUGAUCCACACAGAAUUAAACACUAAUCCCAUGUCCAUGACUGACAUGAUCCACACAUCAUUAAAUACCAAUGGCAUGGUCAUGGCUGACAUGAUCCACACAGAAUUAAAUACCAAUGGCAUGGUCAUGGCUGACAAGAUCCACACAAAAUUAAAUAUCAAUACCAUGGUCAUGGCUGACAAGAUCCACACAGAAUUAAAUACCAAUGGCAUGGUCAUGGCUGACAAGAUCCACACAGAAUUAAAUACCAAUGGCAUGGUCAUGGCUGACAAGAUCCACACAGAAUUAAAUACCAAUGGCAUGGUCAUGGCUGACAUGAUCCACACAGAAUUAAAUACCAAUGGCAUGGUCAUGGCUGACAUGAUCCACACAGAAUUUACCAAGUCUUGGGUCAAGGGCGAGGGACUUCCACCACCCAAGGUUGGGAUAGACGCCUUUGGCGAUAGGAUACCCUUUAGAAGAUAAUCAUAGAACGAGAUCAGUGUAGUGCACACAUUCAACAUUGCCGAAACUUUGUUAAAAAAAUGAAUUAAUUAUAUAUUGUAUUAAACCUAGAGCCAAUUUAUUGACAUCGGAAUGUUUUCCAUGAGAGCUCUCAAUGUAAAGAGAGUGUGAAAACCUUAUGGCAAAAAUUUUAAGAGAUCUGGUUUAAAAAAAUAAUUCCCCCAACAAAUGGGGAUGAGGGAGGUUGGUCGCUAAAAGAAAUAAUUACGUCACUAGCACGAAACUAGGCUAAAUAUUAAUACAGCAAUAUCUUGCCAUCUAUUUAUGAAAACACAAAGCAUUUGUAUGACGAUAACAGCGAAACAUUUGGGUGAUAUAUUUGUAGCCUUAAUAACUUGUAAUUAAGCGUCGAUUUGGUUUAUUAGAGCCACAAUAAUUAUUGUGGGUAUAGGUUCUAGGUAUCAAUUAUAUUAUAAAAGCAAAGGGCACUCAAGGGUCUAUUUUACAUGAAUUUUGCCCCCCCCCCCCUUAAAUUUUCUCAAACCAUAUUACUUUUAAAAACAUUUAAAAGAAAUUUAAAUUACUUUUAAAUUAAAAUGGUAAAAUCCAAAGUAUUAAUUUGAUCAGGGGUCUCAAACUCAAAUCACCCGGAGGCCGCAGGAGGUAGAGUCUAAUAGAGACUGAGCGGUAUCAAGAACUCCACAAAAAUGCGAUUAAAAAUUCAUUAAAGUACAAAUAGUACAAUCUGCUCAACUUUUAUAAAUAACAAAUAAAAACAUUAAGGGUUCUCAAGAACUACCAAUGUUUAUAAAUAUCUCUCUUAUUUUACCAUCCAGGUGAACACCUCUACCAAUGUUUAUAAAUAUCUCUCUUAUUGUACGAUCCAGGUGAACACCGUUACCAAUGUUUAUAAAUAUCUCUUAUUUUACCAUCCAGAUGAACACCGCUACCAAUGUUUAUAAAUAUCUCUCUUAUUUUACGAUCCAGGUGAACACCGCUACCAAUGUUUUGGGGCGAACAGUGACCUUAAGAGUGGAACAAACGACACGUAUUUAGAUUACUCCUUGGACGAUACUGACCCAGCCAAUGACCUGGCCAUCUUCGUUUUCCCUAAGGUUGGAAUUAUAUCAUACCGAAAUCAUUCAAUACACGAUGAUUUAUUGCUGUAUUCAAAAGAUAGUAACAAAAAUAUAUGUAUUGCGAAGAUUAUCUCUUCAUCUUGCCGAGACCAGCAGCUGGUGAAUAAAUAAGAUCCAUUUAGCUAACAGAUAUUUUGUUAUCCUUUGAACUAAAAUGUAAAAAAAAAUUUUCGACCUCAAACCUACAUUUGCAAUAUAUACUUAUUUAAGUAUACUUAGAAACAUAGUUAUAUAAGUACAUUGGACACUAAUGUUGGUUAUCCAUUGUUAGCAUGUUUUGGAAUUGUAUCCUUGCUGAAACCAAGAUUAAUAUAAUACCCAUCGAUUUAGUGACUGUGGUUUUAAUCACAUGAUUAUUUCAAAAGGAGUUCAAAUUCCAACUCUGUUAAAUCUGGUGACUCUUAGAAUUAUGUCUGGGUUUUUAAAGUUUCAUUUGAAAGACUAUCUGUACCUAAACCUUACCCUAAACCUACCUCAAUGAUUAAACAUCUGUUUGUACUACCAUAUCACUACUGUUACUAUUAAUAAUUCUACAGGACUUGGAUGUUCUACAAGUAAUAAAAUCUGUGAAUUUCGGGGGAAAACACAACACAGAGAACAGUACGGACAUCUCAGGAAAACGUGGCAUCAAGAAGACGUCAGCGGAAGAUGUUCGAAAGGCUCAUGGGCUUACCCCAGAAAUUUCUAAAACUGAUGAUGAAAGUGUAUCCCCAGAUGUGGCCAGUGUGGCCCCGUUGUCGUCCAGAGAGAGGAAAGAAAAACCCAAACAGGCCGAGAGCAAGCGUCGAGACACCAGACCUGGAGAUCUCCAUGCAUCCUCUGCUGCGGUCCAGCGGGUAAGCAGUGCCGAGCAGCGCAGAAGCAACCGACGCAGAGGAGGGUCGGCAGCCGAGACGAAAAAAGCAAGUCAGGAAAUGGCAGAUUCAACUAAGAAGUCCGGCAGACAACGACGGAACAGUCGCGAGGAGGUCGCGGGACUUGGGGGACUGUCAGGUAAUAGGAAGAUUGCCCCGCGAUCCAGUAGUGAGAAGAGGAUGACUGCCCGAACCAGUGCUGAGCGAGCUAUCACUGAUACAUUUGGGGACAAGGAUCUGGACGAGGAUCUGGAAGAUCAGGGCGGCUCAUCGAUUGAAGGACAACUGUUAAGUAAGUGAUUGUAAGGGUGGGGUCAUGUUUAAGAACAGAAACAUGUAACUAUAGAUGUCAGUAAGAGAUGUUCUGGUUGCACAACGUAGGAAAGGGUUCUUGUCAAAGUUCCCUGUAGCUCAUCGUUAGCUGUUUAUUUGGAGGCUCAGACUUUAAAAUGGUCGGGUGUCAUAAUAAAUAAUAUGGAAAGAUGAUAUGGCCUACGAAUGAAAUGCACCGUCUUUGGUGGGCAGAAAAGAGAGUUUGGUUAUUUAACUUCUAGCGAUAUUAAAGCCACGUAUUAUGUUCGCUGCAACAGGAAGAAAGCCGCGCGAUUGUGAACACUACCACAACUCUCCUUUUAAUCAUGUUUGCCUUUAAUUAUUUUAUGAUUCCUGCAAAUCGUUUCAGAAUAUAAAAAACAGAUUCUAAGGCUUCGCCUGAAGACAGUUUGCUGCAAGGCAGGUGCGAGCGCUGGGAAGUUCGUUUACAGCCGUACGAGCUUACGAGCCAGAAACGAGUGCGGACACAGCGGAGAAAAGUACCUGAGCCGGAACCACCAGGAUACUGGAAUGAAGAUCUGCAGGGAUCAGUUUAUGUUGUGCUGCACUGAGAAAGCCGUCAGGUAGGAUCUAUGUAAGGUUGAUAUAUGCUCUGUGUCAAGGUUAUAUCUGAUUUUUGUCAGGGCGAUACCUGAUUUGUGUCAGGGUGAUGUCUGCUCUGAUGUCAGUGUGAUUUGUGAUCUUUCAGGGUGAUACCUGAUUAGUGUCAGGAUGAUAUCUGAUUUGUGUCAGGGCGAUAUCUGAUCUGUCAGGACGAUAUCUGAUCUGUGUCAAGGUGAUCUGAAGAUAAUGUGUCGUUUUUGUAUUGUUUUUUUUUUUAUUGAUGGUUAUUUAAUUGUUUGUCUAUAGACAAGUAUGAAUGAUCUACUUGAAACGUUUGGGUGAAAAAUGGCUGCGUGUUGUUUAUAAUUAUUCUAUUUUUUUUUAAGGUUGGAGGUUGGAAUAAUGCACCUCUCUAAAUGUGUACUCUCAAAACUUAAGUAUAGCAUAAUUAAAUGUUUUAUUGCUAUUACUAUAAAACAUUUCUUUCAUAAUUUUGCGAGACAUAAAUGCUCGUUGACAAAAAGAUUGGCUUGUGUAAGAAUUAAAUGAAUUAAUCUGUUUUGUUUAUCCAAGACUCAUCGUUUGACGUCACAAAGCAAUCUGAAAUGAUUAACCAUACCACUUAAAAAUAAACCAAAGACGAACGAUCGAUCAAUUUCUAAUGCUUUACAAUAAUUGUGUAUUGGGCUGUGCGACCCGGGGGGGGGGGGCUAACCGGGCGCCAUAAUCUUUAGUUGUAUGCAACAUAUGUGUGUUUGGUAUGUAUAUAUAUAUAUAUAUAUAUAUAUAUAUAUAAGAGAUCACCUGAAAUAAGUAAAAUGAUUAACCAUACCACAUAAAAAAAAACCAAAGACUAACGAUCGAUCAAUUUCUAAUGCUUUACAAUAAUUGUGUAUUGGGCUGUGCGACCCGGGGGGGGGGGCUAACCGGGCGCCAUAAUCUUUAGUUGUAUGCAACAUAUGUGUGUUUGGUAUGUAUAUAUAUAUAUAUAUAUAUAUAUAUAUAAGAGAUCACCUGAAAUAAGUUGUUGUUUUUCCCAGGCUCAGCUUUUCUUGUCCUGAUUGUGUGUGUACGUAUAUUUUAAUAUAAACAGUUUAACUAUUGUUCCUGAGUGUCAAUGAUUAACAGACAAAAUAAUUUAACACUGUGUGUGUCUUUUUUUUUUAACACAGUGGUCCAUCUAUGACCAGCAAUGAGUUCAGAGCAAGUCCAUUCAUGCUCUUUGACAACCAAGGCAGGACAGAAGUGGAGGAGGAUGACCUGGAGGAUGACCAUCAGGAGACUCCAGUUGAGAAUGAAAAUGAUCAUGACCAAGAGGAGCUCUAUGGACAGACACCGGAUGUGGAAGGCACGGCCAAAGAGAGGGAGUCUCAAACGAUGCGACCAGAUAAUGAAACGCAAGUCACUACACCCGAUGAAGAGUUGGAUGGCCCCAGACAGUUUGAUGAGAUGGACAACGCUGAGGAAUCUGUUGAUGUCUUAGACAGGUCCGAGCCUGCGCCAGAGAAACAAAAAUUGCGCUCUAGGGGUGACGAGGAAGUGGAUGCUUAUGACGAGAGAGAUUUCUCGGCCACCAUCGAUGACAAGACAGAUGAUGACAUUGAGGACGGACUUCACAGGAGAAAAGGUCACACGUCCCUUAAGAAUAAAGCUUUCAAGGACAGAGAAACUAAGAAAGAAUCACGGGAGAGAACUGGAUCUGUGAAACCUGGUUUAGUUGAAGUGCGUGGAUCCAAAAAUGACAGAAGAGGUUCUCAAGUUGGAGGUUCAACACGAACCAGGGGUGGGAGUUCCCGCUCGUCAAGACAGAGAUCUUCACGUGAGAGGGCUUCAGAAGAACUGCCUCCAGGCAGGAAUUCACGCUCCUCCAGACAGAGAUCAUCACGUGAGAGGGCUUCAGAAGAACUGCCUCCAGUGUAUUCAAUGUAUAAGCCUCGAGCACAUAUCAGGGAUAGACACAUGGGUGCCAUGGAUUCAAAAGAAAUGGCUGCCGCGCACGGAAGGACCUAUACAGGGACGCUCGAUUCCAAGGAAAUGGUAGAGGCAUUCGGCAAGCAGGAAAUACUUGCACCGGCCAGGAGCGGCACCAAAAAGAAGAGGAGACACUUGAGGCAAAUGAUAUAAAUUGUUGACGGUGUUGUUGUUACAGUCAGAUUCAGUUGUUAAUGAGUAACAGAGACCGCCAUUAAUUACCCUAGCUUGCCUAUUUAACGUGACACACUUUUUGGGUUGCAAACUUCAAGAAGACCAUUAAGGCAUUUAGAAUUUAAACAUUUGAUAUUUACAAUUGUUUCAGUUGUUAAUCCUCAAAGAAUAAAGGCAAAUUUCAGCUGCUGAUAGACCAUUUGUUUUGAAAUGUUAUUGAAUAAAUUGGUUUAAUAUAAUAAAAUAACACAAUACCGCA